AUGGCUGAUCUCAUUGGAUUUUUGUUUCAAAUCAUCAAUUCAUCUACACAAGGCCAGUCGUCCAAAUCUUUAUCUAAAUCUCAACUUUGUCGGAUCGGUGCUGAUCUUUAUCUCUCCACAAAGAACAAAAUAUUAUUGCAUCAUAUCCUCUCACCAAUAAUUCAUCCAGGAAUUGAGAAUACAAAGACAUCAAAAUCUCUCAGAGCACUUACCAACAAGAACUUCUACUCUUCAUCACUUGCAUUUAUACAACAAAAUUUGACGAAUGGAGUGACUUCUCUUCCGCAAGUAUCUGAGUUUUUGGCAGCUUCAACUCCGAAAAGAACAUCGGCUAAAAAGCUUUCAUCCAAAUGGAUUCUUCUGUUAAAAAUUGUUUCUGGACUGAUGAUGGCAGGACUCUCAACCACAAUCAUGUACAAAAUCUACCAACAAGUCAAGCUUACCAGAGAAUUUAUUGAGAGUGCCGAAGAUCAAUAUCACGAAAUUUCUAAAAACUCAAAAUCAGAUAUUUCAAAAAUGAAGAGUAAUAUUGUCUGGACUCCGAAAAGCGUCAACAUUGAAUCCUUGUCAAUGAUGAAACAGUUUCAAAAAAUAAUCAACAUUCUUGUCCUUUUUGGUUCCGAGUUUGGAUUUAGUAAGCAAGUGGCCACAAAACUUUGCGAACAGGUGGUGGAAAAGCUCAACCAGUUACAGAGCUCGAGUAUACUUUAUGUACCUCGAUUAUUAGACAUGAAAUAUUUUAAGACUAUUGAUUGGAAUAAUGAAACUUGUGUAAUUUCUGUUUGUUCAACUUAUGGAGAAGGAGUUCCCCCAAAUAGCGCUGUCUCUUUUUUUGAACAUUUACAAACAAUGAAUCAGCAUGAAAUUGCCACAGACAACAAAUUAUUCUACUCAGUUUUGGCUUUGGGGGACAAAAGCUACACUCAUUUUUGUAGAGCAGGAAAAAAUUUAGAUUAUUUGUUCGAAAACAAAUUCUUAAAUGGUACUCGAUUGUUGGAACGAGUUGAUGUAGACAGAGAUGACUGGAGAGUAAUUAACAAAUGGAUAUCAAAUUUAUUGACACGACUACAGGAGGAAAGCCUCAAUUUUCACAGUAUGGACAGUGAUAAUUUUGUGGAUUACUUGCAACAAGAUUCUGCACAAUUAACGAUGGAAGCUGCAAAAUCAAAUACAAGCUUCGAUCGAACUAAUCCAUUCUAUGCCUCAAUAAUUGAAAAACGACCUCUUUGUUAUGACAUAUCCGAUGAAAAUGACAUUCGAGAAUGCAUUCAUUUCUGCUUGGAUCUUUCCUCUUCAAUAAUUCCCGCGCCAACCACAAGUGAAAAGUCACAAAGCGCUCAGCAAUUAUUGCAAUAUUCGCCUGGAGAUUCGUUAGGUGUGCUCCCAGAAAAUGACCAUUACCUUGUUGACAUUCUCACUAAGUAUCUAGGAUUAUUUUUCAUGAGUGAACAUUCCGUUUCCAACAUUCCUCUUGUAAAAACUCCAAGUAAUUACUAUCCACCAAAUGAAAAAUCGAGUAAUGUUGAGCAUGACUUAUCAGGCAUGCCUGAAUAUAUUACUCUCAAAGACGCUUUAACCCGAUUCUACGAUUUGAAAACUGUUGAUGUUGCAUUUAUCAAGCUUCUUUUGGAAAAACAAAAUUUUCAACCUGACUUUCAAUAUGUUAAGACAAAGUUAGAAAGGAUAUUACAAGAUGAGACUACAUGUGCCACAUAUUUACAAGAUAGAUGGCUGCAAGACGUGUUGGAAGAAUGUCUUGUGCCUCUACUUUUAGAACGAGAGAAAAAACAAUGGACAAAAUUGAACGACAUUUCCAUUCAAGAUGUUUUGGAUCAUUUGAAAUUAUUACUUCCAAGAUAUUAUUCUAUUAGCUCAUCUUCGAGACUUACUAAGAAUGAAAACGCAUCAAUCACUGUUUCAAUUGUAACGUAUAAGACUACAAACAAUAAGACACGACAUGGUGUUGCCACUCAUUUCCUCAAACGAGCAAUUCAGAUACCAAUAUUUAUUUCAGCAAACAGGGGUUUCAAGCUGCCGCAAGAUUCCACUGUACCCAUCAUCAUGGUUGGACCUGGUACUGGUAUUGCACCAUUCAAGGGGUUCAUUGAGGAGAGACUCUUCACAAAAGCCACAGGAAGAAAUUUACUCUUCUUUGGAUGCAGAGAUAGAAAUAAGGAUUUCUUAUAUCGUACAGAAUUAGAGACGUGGAGUAAACAAGGCGAUAUAGAGCUAUAUACUGCCUUUUCACGGGAAAAUCCCUCUAAAAAGGUUUAUGUUCAAGAUUUGUUAAUGGAACAUUCAUUGACAAUUUAUGAAUUGAUUACAAGAGAUAAUGCAUAUUUUUAUAUUUGUGGAGACGGAUCUUCCAUGUGCCCUUCGGUUGUGGCCACCUUGAGGAAUAUAUUCUUGAAGCACGAUCCUCAAUGCAAGUCCAUAGAAGAUGCUUUCCAUCAAGUAGAGAAAUUGGAAUCUGAGCGACGAUUGUGCAAAGAUGUUUGGUAA